UAGGACUUCCUGUGACUGCUGCCCUUCUUAGAGCCUCUGGAUUACUCCCAACUGUUUCAUUAUGUGGGUUUUCAGCAUGUCACAUCAACACAGGUUGCUUCUUGUUAGUAGAAGUUUCCAACAGCCUGCAUUAGUCUCUCAGUUCGCCUCUUACCAUGUGACAGCUGCUCGUUUGAACCCAGAGGACAGCAGCAGCAGAAUCAAACCUGUGGUGAAGAGAGGGCGCAAAGUGUCUGAUGGAUGGCAGGAUCGUGAGAGGCCUUUCCAACAAAGACAGUGGAAAAAUGAGAGCACAGUGCUGCAAAAGCCCAGUCAGAGGAUGGGAGACGACCGCAGGGUGUCAUCUGAACUCAGGAAGUUGUGUCUGGAGGAUUUCCCCUCCGAGAGGGAGAGGCCGGUGAGGCAGAAGUCAACAGUGGACUCCAAAUCAGAGGACUUUGAGGUUGUUUUUGGCAUCUCCCCCUGUCUCUUGGCUCUCACUCAGGGCAGGCGGAAAGCUCGUAAGCUGUUUGUUAAAGAUGGGGAGGCCUCUCACCGGGCCUCUGUGUUGAAGGUUUGUGAGGAGGCUCAUAAGUCAGGAGUUCAGGUGCACCGGGUCAGCAAGAGGGAUCUGGACAAGAUGUGUGAAGGGCGGGUGCAUCAGGGAGUGUGUCUGCAGGCCAGCCCUUUGAGAUUUCUCACUGAAAAAAAGACAGAUUCUGCAGCUAACAUCAAACACAACACCCCUCCUCUGUGGCUCAUCCUGGAGGGCAUUCAAGACCCGAUGAACCUGGGCGCCAUCCUGCGCUCUUCUUACUUCCUCGGGGUGGACCGAGUGGCCAGCAGCCUUCACAACAGCUGUCCUUUAUCUCCAGUGGUCAGCAAGGCCAGCUCGGGCGUCAUGGAGGCGAUGGGGGUGUAUGGAUACAAAAACCUGGAGGAGAUGCUGAAGUCGAAGGCGACGCAGGGUUGGGAGGUGGUCGGCACAGUCGGAGCUGACGCGGGGGAGUCCGAGGUCCCUGUCACAAAGUGUUCAGACUUUAAGAUGACUAAGCCCACGCUGUUGCUGAUGGGGGGCGAGGGGGAAGGACUGUCUAAGGAUCUUCUCUCACUGUGCCACACCCUCCUCACCAUCCCGCCUGGCAGGGACCUUUUCCCCGGUGUAGAGUCUCUAAACGUCUCGGUAGCUGCAGGAAUCCUGCUGCACUCUCUGAUGUUCUCCAGGAGGUCCAAACGAUGAUGACCAAACACCCAUGGGAACUGUUUUUGUGCAAGGACUCACAUGUUGAUGUUAAAAAAACAGAACAGUUCACUGCCAUCUUGCAAAGUUUCUUUAAAAGAUGAGGCCUGUGAGGUUCUUAUUUUCCUGUGAAUGUAGAACAAAAAGCAAAUAUAUGGAGUAUGGUUUGUGCAUUAAAUCUUGAUAUGUA